AUGGUGGUCUGCCCUUGGAGCUUUCUUGGUCCCCUUUCAGACGCACGGCCCCCAACAUCAUCAUCUAUUCAGAAGAUCCAAAAGCCAAAAACAUUCGCUUCUGUUCUUGCGGGCGCCGACGAGAAUAAUUUUACCAUAAGUCAGCUUCCAUCUCCUAUAAUUCGAGGUGACACUGUGUUUGUCAAGAUUAAUGAGACGAUCUACCAGGAGCAACUCAAGGCUUGUCGCACCAAUCUUAUUGGGCGUCUUCUUCUUCAGAAGGGUACCAUUCCCUUGAAAACUGAAUUGCUAAAAGCUUCUCUGGAUUCCUUAUGGCAGCCAUUGGGUCCAUGGAGACUAGUUCCCGGCAAGGGAUACUAUGACCUCCAUUUUAAUUCGAAAGCAGACUUGCGCAAGGUUUGGGGUGGUGGCACCUGCACUCUAGAGUCUAGAAUCUUUAGGUUGUCGCAAUGGCAGCCAGACUUUAAGCCUGGGGAUGUUCUUCCUCAAACCCAUGCUCAAAUAUGGAUAAGAAUAUCUGGUCUUAGUCAAGAGUACUGGCAUCAGCAACACAUCAUGGAAAUUGCAAGUGGUAUUGGCAUUCCAUUACAGAUUGAUGCGACAAUAAAGGAGCAACGUUUUGGGUACUAUGCUCGGGUAUUAGUGGACAUUGAUCUACUUGGUUCUCUCCCUUCAUCAAUUAUGGUGGAAAGAGAACAUCAUUGCUUUCCUGUUGGAAUUGUUUAUGAGAAUUUGCCUCCUCGAUGCAACCAUUGUGGUCUUAUUGGCCAUCAGACAACAAAUUGUAGGCAGUUGAAGUCAAAAGAACAAUCAAAAGAGCCUCAGAAAAAUCAUAACGUCAUCCGUCAAGAAUAUUGGCCCAAGCAGAAGGUUUCCAAUGUUCAUGCAGUUCCUACCAGUAAGGCUGCUUCUUCUGACCCUCAGAAACGAGUUAGGGAUGGUACAGAAACGAGGGAGGUUGUGGAUACCGUAACAAGGGAGGUUGUGGAGGGAGUUGAGACUCCACCCGCAAUGUCGCAAUUGGCAUCCAUUUCAGUAACUGAAGCUGUUACUGUUGAGCUUCUUACGGCUCACAAAGAUAUUCAUGCUCUGACCAAUGUUAGUGCCUCAGUUGUCGUGAACAAUGCUAGUAUCCCAGCUGCUACCCAAGACGGAGUUGUUGUCCUUGUGGGUAACGUUCUUGAAGAGGCUGCUUCAGAAAUAAUCGAGGAGCUUGCAGAGAGGGUGAUGACUGACUCUGUUAUUAAAGAGCGUAAUGAUGAUAACCAUGUCUCAGAUGCUUCACCCUCUCGCUCUUGGCAUGACAUUGUUCAAGAGGAGAUUAAUAGUGAUGAUGAGAUUCAUAUUGAGUCGGGUGAUGCUAAUGCAUCAUCUGAUCCUCCUGGAUUCGGUCCAGACAGCUCACGGGCUGCAGCAGAGGUUGAUGCAGUGACUCGUUCCAUGGAAGGGCAGGACAUUGAGGGUUUCAGCCCAGUUAUUACUAAGUCCCAAAAGAAAAAGCUUCAACGACAGAAGAAAGUUGGUGUUUCUUCUCGUACUGAACCAUACCCAGCACGGGUACGUCAAAAGUCUGUUCGUCUCCAAUGA